AUGUCUCAUUCUAUUCAUGGAAUAACAGUCCCACCAAACACGACUCGUACACCCACAGCCUUCACUGCUCAACUGCAGGAACGCACAGAAGACCAUAAACUCUCCAGGACUGCUGGUUUAACAGAAAACAAAUACCGUAAUAGGACUAGUAUUAAUAAGAAUGAUAAUAAUAAUAAUAACAACAGUAUUAAUACGACAGUGUAUUGUUGCGGGGCAGUCAAGGGGGUAGAUGAGCAAAAUGGCCACAAGAAAGAUGUAUUGUCAUUAGAGGCGGAAGUCCAUCGUCUAAAGGCAGAGAAUGAAAAACUGCGGGUGGUGGAGGAACAGUUCUGGGCACUACUGCGGGAGAAUGAAUCCUUAAAAACUGCACAUGCAGCUGAAGAGAAGAGAACACCAACAACAACAACAACAACAAUAAUUAGUAAUAGUAAUAGUAAUAGUAGAAGAAGAAGAGGAAUAAUAAAAGAAAAAAUGGAAGAGGGAGAAGUUAACGAUAGAGAGGAGGAGGAUGCCUGGCGAAGAUCCUCCUGUGUUCGUGCACUGCGUGAGUGCAUGGAUCUUCUUCUCUCGCGCGAGUUGAGGGAUGAAGUGCCGGGCAGUUGUGAUGAUGUGCGGCAGCAGCAACUCCAGCGGGGGGAUUCCGUCGCCACGUAUUUACUUUGGCUCCGGGCCAAACAGCGGAGAGAGCAGCCGCACACACACACUAUCGAUAUUAACAGGAAUACAUCUAAACACACCAAUGGAGAUGACGAGGAGAUUCUUCCAUCAUUAACAACACUACCACAGAAGCAAGAAAGAGAAAAAGAAGAGAAAGAAGGAAUGGAAUAUAAACUUGCAAUCAUGGAAAAUGAGUUGCGUGAGACACGUGAAAUGCUUGAAUUAACAAAUGCGAGUCGUGUGGCUGCACUGGAAGACACAGCUCGAAUGAGUGCACAGGUAAGCACAUUGAAAGCACAUCUGCAGCAGCUCUUAAAUACAAACAUGCCCAAUCCUCGUAAUGUUGAGAUGCUGCGGAGCGAAAAUGAUGAACUCCUCCGCACUGUAGAGAAGCAAUCUCGAGAUAUUAUGCUUCGCGAUCAGCUCCUUGCGGAUAUGCGAGUUACACUGCAGCAAAUGCGGGAUGCCAGGUCUGCAGCGGAGGUAUCACUCGCUGAAGAAGUUAAACGGGCAAGAGAGGGACUUCUUCUUCGUCGUGGCACUACAUCCUUUGGCUCUGUUGCUGGUACAAGUGCUCCAUGCUAG